GAGGCAAAUGGGGGCUUUGUCCUUGUGGGUGGCCUUGUGUGUGUCCGUGCCCUUGUGUGUGUGUGACUGUGUGGGUGCUGGUGCAUAUUUGAGAUGUGCCUGUGUCUGGCCGUGUGCACAGGCGGCUGUAUGAGCGUGUGGUGUGUGUCCUCACUGCUUUCCCAGCCCUCCUUCCUCAGCCAAGCAGAGAGGGCAACCUUGAGGACUGACCUUGAGUCUGAAUCCUGACUCUGCACGGCAGCACCAAAAUGGCAGCCGCCGCCUCUGUGACCAGCCUGGCCGAUGAGGUCAACUGCCCCAUCUGCCAAGGCACCCUGAGGGAGCCGGUCACCAUUGACUGUGGCCACAACUUCUGCCGCGGCUGCCUCAUCCUCUACUGCCAGAUCGCGGGCCCGGACCCCGAGGAGCCCCCGACCUGCCCGCUCUGCAAAGAGCCCUUCCGCCCAGGGGGCUUCCGGCUCAACUGGCAGCUGGCCAGCGUGGUGGACAACAUCGAGCGCCUCAAGCUGGUGUCCUCACCCGGUUCGGCAGAGGAGGACGUCUGCCAAGAGCAUGGGGAGAAGAUCUACUUCUUCUGCGAGGAUGAUGAGAUGCAGUUGUGUGUGAUGUGCCGGGAUGCCCGGGAGCACCGGGCCCACACGGUGCGCUUCCUGGAGGACGCGGCAGGGCCGUACAGGGAACAAAUACAGAAAUGUCUUGAGUGUCUAAGGAAAGAGAGAGAAGAGAUUCAAGGGAUCCAGUCAAGAGAAAACCAAAGGAUACAAGUCCUCCUGACUCAGGUGGCCACCAAGAGACAAAAGGUAGUUUCUGAGUUUACACAUCUGAGCCAAUUCCUAGAGGAACAACAGAGCAUCCUCUUAGCCCAGUUGGAGAGGCUGGAUGGGGACAUCUUGAAGCAACAAGAAGAGUUUGAUUUUCUGGUCACUGAAGAAAUCUGCCGGUUCAGCGCUCUGAUUGCAGAGCUGGAGGAGAAGAACGAGAAGUCAUCAAGGGAGCUCCUGAUGGAUAUCAGAAGCACUCUAAUACGAUGUGAAACCAGAAAGUGCCGGAAACCAGAGGCUGUGUCCCCUGAGCUGGGCCAGAGAAUUCGGGACUUCCCCCAGCAGGCCCUCCCGCUGCAGAGGGAGAUGAAGAUGUUUCUGGAAAAUCUCUGCUUCGAGUUGGACUAUGAGCCAGCUCACAUUUCCCUAGACCCCCAGACUUCUCACCCCAAGCUCCUCUUGUCUGAGGACCACCAGCAGGCUCGGUUCUCCUACAAGUGGCAGAACUCGCCAGACAACCCCCAGCGUUUUGACCGGGCCACCUGUGUCCUGGCCCAUGGAGGCUUCACAGGGGGGAGACACACGUGGGUGGUGAGUGUAGACUUGGCCCACGGGGGCAGCUGCACUGUGGGUGUGGUGAGUGAGGAUGUGCGGCGGAAGGGGGAGCUUCGUCUGCGGCCAGAGGAGGGAGUGUGGGCGGUGAGGCUGGCAUGGGGCUUCGUCUCGGCUCUGGGCUCCUUCCCCACACGCCUGACCCUAGAGAAGCAGCCCCGGCAGGUGCGGGUGUCUCUGGACUACGAGGUGGGUUGGGUGACCUUCGUCAAUGAUGCUACCCAUGAGCCCAUCUACACCUUCACGGCCUCCUUCACUGGGAAGGUCUUUCCCUUCUUUGGGCUCUGGGGCCGAGGGUCCAAUUUCUGCCUGAGCUCCUGAGAGAGUGGUGUUACCUUCCUUUAAGUACAAGGCUUAAACAGAAUUCUCUGUGGACUUGGCGCUUGGCUGAGUCCCUUGUAAGACUUGGAAUAGAUAUUACUGCUUUAAAUGAUGAGCUGGGAGUUAGGAUUUUGGCAAAGGACAAGGUGAGAUGAUUUUCAACCCAAUGUUCAAAUCCUUCUCCCAAUGCCCAGUGGAUGGUAAGGGUACCCGGGGACUCAGGCCACUGCUGGCACUUCUCACUACCAUUUCCACCAGACACAGAAGUAGCUGUGUAGAGGAA